UAAUAUAUUUAAGCCUCCCCAAGUAUCGUUAUUUAAAGAAAAUGAAAUGGCUACUCCGUGCCACAAGCGAGGGUCUAUCGCUACCACAACAACAUCCCUCGCCACGGAGAAAAUGGUUUAGUGAGAGGCAGCCGUCAGGAAAAAAAACCUUCAUGCAAACUACACGUACCAUAACGAAGUAUUGAGAGGUAACACAAACGUCUACCUUCGCCGUGUCUCCAGGAGACGUCCCUGACAGGAUAAAAAAAUAAAUAAAAUAACUUGCAAGCAUUGGAAAAAGAUAAUCCUAACUCAACCUGCAGAUAUCUUGGAGGCGAGUGUGCGCCAGUAGCCCAAGGUAAUGGCUGAUGAGAUACUCCAAAACAGCCAUGUGAAUGAAGGUAUCAUCACCUUGGUUGCUGAAGGACGUCAGUUUGUUAGUCACAAGUCCAAGCUUAUAGAAUCGAGUGACUACUUCAGGGCUAUGUUUUCCAGCAACUUUACUGAACAUGAAAAGAACACCAUAGAACUUCAGGGUAUAGAUGCUGACUGUUUGCUGCUGCUGCUCCAGUAUGUAGAAUGUGGAAGCUACAUUAUUCCAUCUGAUAACAUUCUUAUGCUGCUUCAGACUGCAGCUAUGCUUCAAUUUAUCAGCGUGCAGAGUGCAUGUGAGCAAGAAAUCUUAGCUUCUCUCUCAUGUGACACCUGCCUAGAAGUAUAUUAUGUUACAUCUUCAUUGGGCCUUACUCAAAUAGCAACAGCAGCUCUAACAAUUUCAGUUUGGAAUUUCUCGGAAAUCAGAAACAAGCCCCAGUUUUUCCAACUCUCUCUCUGUGAGUUGAUAGAGUAUGUAAGCAACCCAAGCCUGUACCAUGGACCAGGUGGAGAAUGGACAGUUUGGGAGGCACUUCUUAGCUGGAUUCAGGUGAAUGAGGCUGAGAGAAGUGGCCAUCUCCUUCAGCUGUUCCAGUGUGUGGACUUCCACUCCUUGACAAUAGAUGACAUAUCUAAUAUGCUUUUCUACAAUAUUGUAAGUGACAACAAUGAAGCUGUGCAAGUGUUAGAAACUAUCAAAAAGUUUAAAAUGAGCCAGUUAAAUCAAAUUUCUGAUCAAAGUGCAGAUGGCAAACUUAUGGAACAAGAAAUGGAUGAUUGCUUAGAUGAACUUGGAAGAUUAAAGAAAUGUGACUCUGACAUAAAUAAUGUACAGAUUGAAACGGACAGUGAGCAACAAAAUGUACAAGUCAUUGUUAAGAGAAUAUUGAAGCGAGCCAGAAGGAAGUUGAGCCAAGUUCCAUGUGUUGUGGGGUUUAAGCGAUCACAGUCAUCACAUAGGAAGAUAAAAGCUAAAAAUAGUGAUGACGAAGAUGAAGCCCAUCUUUGGUCUUCCCGAAUUAGAAACUUAGAGAUGUUACCAGUUGUAUAUUCAUUUAAUCCAGUCACUAAGAAAAUGGCAGAAGAAAUAGCUUUAACCAAACUUUGUGAUGGGCCAGUCCAGUGCUCUGGAUAUCAAGUCUGCUCUGUAGGACCAUUUAUAUACAUUAUUGGAGGUGAAUAUCAGCUAGGCCAUGGGAACUGGAAUAAAUCUUUGCUGAGGUAUAGCACUAUUUCAAAGAAGUGGAUUGUUGAAUACUCGUUGCCCCAGCCUCGAAGACAUUAUAUGGUCUGUGUUGUAGACUCGAUCAUCUACCUCCUCGGAGGAUUAGGUCGCCACCGUGUUAUACAGAGCUCUGUAGAUGCUUAUGACACCAACUCAGGAGAAUGGAUGACCUGUCCAGACAUGCCUCAUUGUGUUGGUCAUGGUGCAGCUUGUGCAUUUCAAGGAAGGCUCAUGGUGUUUACACAAGAAAUGCAGCUACUGACAUACUAUCCAUCCAAAAAAAAAUGGUCGGCCAUUCCAGUGAGGUCUCCAAGUAAACAAGGCUAUCGAGCAGCGCUAACAUGGAAAAAUUGUGUUUAUUUAGUAGAUAACUGCUCUACCCUAGUUUACAAAUUUUCACCAGAAGAAGGAAGAACUAUCACAAACUUUGGACGUUUUGUAACUCCACCAGUAAAUGUCUGCAUUGUAGAUGGAAAAAUGUAUAGUUUUAGCCAUGAUGACCUAGAUGACAGUCAUGUUAUAGAGGUUUUAGAUAUUACUGAGAAGCAAGGUGGUGCUGUACAUACUUCUCUUCUUGAGAGUAAAGCAACUUCCAGACAGUCAUAUACUAGUCAAAGAGUAGGUGGGCAAACUGAGGCUGCUGUAGUAGCUGCUAAGGAGGUGUGGAGAGAGAAGGAAGCCGAGCCUCACAUCUUUACAACUAAAUGCCCUGCUGAUGCUACAUUUUCGCUGGGAUGCUUUCCACUUUUGAAGCUAGGGUUAUAAGGGAAAUAAUUCAGAUAGAGCACUCAGUGUAAAUUAAUUUUUAAAUGCAUAGCUUCUUACAGUUCAAUAUUGUGUUGAAUACAAAACACAAAGGGAGAGGGACACUUUUAUUGAGACAUAUUAAAUAAACUUAAGUUUGUAUAUUUGAAGUAAAAAAUGCAUGCACAUUCAUUGAUUAAUGAAUAAAUUGUGGGGACAUUUAAAUGUUUCAUUUCAUUUAUAUUCAUAAUUUUAAUUUUAUUUUACACCAGCAGAAUCAUUAUAUAUGUGACAGUUAUGUCCUUUACUUAGACAAUACCUUGUGUGAGAUCAGUGCCUUCUAAGGUAUGCAUGGUAGGCAGUUUCUUUGAAGCCGUGAGAGGGUGUUGAAACGGUUUAUUUACAAGGCGGAACAUCAUGUAUGUGCAGUACUCUCUACUGGAUGGUAGUUAUAAACAAUUGAUAAUUAUAAGAUAAAUUUGUAUAAAAACUAUUUGGAAUGCAGUUAUUUAAAGAAAAUGCAACAGAUAUAUGAUUAUUGCAUUGUUUUGGGACCAAGUUAGAAAUUUUUGCUAAACAUUAGGGUUCAUUUUGUUUUUUUCUUCACUUAAUUGCAGCUUCAAUUUUUUUAAUUUUCUGCAAAUAGACUCAUUAUACAUGUCGCAGCUAUUCUUAUCACAUGGACAUAUGAGUUCAUGUACAGUACUGUGCUUACCAGGUUAGUUGUAGUACUCUCUUAUCAAAUGCUUCUGAUAUGGAAUACAGUGGUCUGACUUGUGCAUACAAUUUGUGGUAGUCAUCUGCUGCUGCAAACAUCUCAGCUGUGCAGACGAGGAGUCACAAUAACGUGGCUGAAAUAUGCUGGCUAAACCACACAAUAGAAAGUGAAGAGAUGACGACAUUUCGGUCCAUCCUGGACCUCAAGUCGAUUGUGAUGAGGGAAGGACGUGAAGGCAAUUUAUUGCCUUCACCUCCGUCCCUGAGUGAACAUGGAAAAUUCAUUCAUGAACAUUCAAAGCCUCUCCAUACUUUACUUAAUAUCAAAAGGGUCAGAAAAUUGUGCUUUUGUAACCUGCCCCAUUGCCCACUUGCUUGCUAAUACAGUACUGUACAGGGAAGCACCCACAACAAUCUUGAAUUCAUUGUCUUAAGCCUGAUCACAUUUCUUCCUGACUUAUCCCUAUAAUGGUAGUUCAGACUCCAGACCAAAUUCAGUUAUGUGCCUUGUUUCCACACUUAAAAUCCUACGGUUACAGUGCAGUGGGUAAAUGCUCUGUACUUCCCAAGACAGUACAUACAUGUACAUUUUGCCAGCUAGCCUUACUCUUUUCCUGGGUGUUAAGGGGCUUCAACCUGAGGCAUUGAGAGGUUUCAAACUGAUUCCCAGUCAGCCCUGCUUGGGCAUUUGUUGAGAGUGAUUGCUUCUAUGAAGCAUGCAAGUGUAAGGAUACUGUGAGGAGUAUUACUGCUUCCUACUUACCGAUCAGUAUUUACCUAUAAUUCUUUGCUAGCCUGGUUGUACCUGCUGCAUUAUAAUUUAACUAUCCAAAUGUUCGAAUUCCUUGUCAAAUCUAGCUUUAAAGUUGUGAAUGGUAGUGGCUUUUACAAUUUCUUUCAGUGCAAUCCACUUGUUGGAUUGCACUGAAUCCCUCAUCAACUUUGCAUCAUUUGCAAACAUUAACAUGUAUGAGCUCACUUCCUUGGGUAGAUUGUUCACACAAAUUAGGAACAGUUGUAGUCCAAGGACCAAGCCUUGUGAGACCGCCACUUGUUACAUUCUUCCAAGUUGAAACCUCCUCUCUGACUGUGACUCUUUGCUUUCAGCCUUUCAGGUACUCGUUCACCCCAGUUAUCCCAGUGUGCUUCUCCAUCUUGUACACCAACCUUUCAUGAGGAACUGUGUUAAACACUUUUUCACUAUACUGUACUGUAUUGGAAAACACAGUCUACCCCAUCUUUCUUUUUUUCUGUCUUAUUAUAGUAACCCUGUCAUAGAACUCAAUCAAAUUUGUCAGGGAUGGUUUUUCUUUUCUAAAUCCAUGCUGCCUUUUCAUUGCAAAGUUGGUCCUCUCCAGCUGCUCCACCAUUCUCAUCCUGAUUACUUUCUCCAGCAUUUUACUUAUCAGUGACACUGGUCUGUAAUUUAUUCUUUUAUUUUAAUAUUGGGACUAAAUUUGCCUAUUAUCUUUAAUUCUGGGAGAUAGUAAAUCUCAAGUUACUGUAUUUAUUGAACAUAUUAGCUAGUGGGUGACGAAGUACUUCUGAUGCAUCUUUCAGCAGCAGCAGUAGUAGUAGUGACAUUGUCUGAUCCCAAUAAUUUUGUCACAUUAAGUUCAUCCCGAUGUUUAUAUAUUUUUAUUUUUUCUCUUCUACAAUGACUACAAUAUCAUAUAUUGUGUUUUUUUUAAAACAUUGAAAAACAUGCUUUUGCUGUACUUGGCUAACUAGACUUGAGGUGUGAGUUGAAAAAUAAGUUGUGUACAUCUGCCCCCAUUUGAGUUUUCCAUUGUCAGAGACAUAAAGCCUAUUAGGCUUAUUAAGAUGUCCCAAGCUAACAACUGGCCUUCUCUAAGAUGCUCCUCAUGAUACUUUUUUGUAGCCAACUAACUCCUUGGUACAGUAUCUAUUUACUGCUAGGUAAAUGGAGAUAUCAGGUGUAAAGAAUCAUACCCAAACAUAUCUCUGAAUGGCAUGCUAGCUUAGAUGAAUGAGGCACCAUCACUAACUGUAAGUAAGAAUAUUAGUGUGUGUACAAUUCUUAUUGCUGUUCUGAUUAGUGAAUCUUGGGUCUCCAGCAUAAUUUACAUGUCCCUAGAUAUUGUUUGUUGUGUCAGUGAAGUCUCUUACAGGUACAGUAAGCUUGUAGUGUGCUCCAUGUGUUGCAACUAAUUGUUGCUACAAUUUGGAUAUAAUGCUUCAUUUACUUAUGUGCAUAUCAUUAUGAUUGACAUAUCCUUGAAAGUGAAUUCCCUAUAUACUUCCUUGUGUUAAUAGUUCUGAGGUGCAGUUAUUGCUGUUAUCAGUGGUUGAGUCGGGCCUUAUGUUUCAGUACCAAUCUUAGUCCAUUGUUUAAUUUGAAAUCUACUUCUGUUUUUUUUUUCAUGUACAGUAAUAGCAUUUAAGUUCUUUAAUAAAUGUAGGCGAAAUA